AUGGGUGUUGUGGUUGUUGUCCUAGAUGUUGUCAUUAUCCCAGUGGUCGUCACUCUCCUCCUCCCAAUUGUUGUCUCUAUCCCAGUGGUCGUCUUUGUCCCAGUGGUCGUCUUUGUCCCGGUGGUCAUCACUCUCCUCCCAGUGGUCGUCUCUAUCCCAGUGGUCGUCUUUGUCCCAGUGGUCGUCCUUGUCCCAAUGGUCGUCUUUGUCCCGGUGGUCAUCACUCUCCUCCCAGUGGUUGUCUCUAUCCCAGUGGUCGUCUUUGUCCCGGUGGUCAUCACUCUCAUCCCAGUGGUUGUCUCUAUCCCAGUGGUCGUCUUUGUCCCAGUGGUCGUCUCUAUCCCAGUGGUCGUCUCUAUCCCAGUGGUCGUCUCUAUCCCAGUGGUCGUCUCUAUCCCAGUGGUCGUCUUUGUCCCAAUGGUCGUCUUUGUCCCAGUCAUCCUUUCCCCAGUGGUCGUCUUUGUCCCAGUGGUCGUCUUUGUCCCAGUGGUCGUCUUUGUCCCAAUGGUCAUCAUUGUGAUCACAACAUCCCAUUGUAUUUCAUUUGGUUUACAUUUAGGUGGUCUCUCUUCUUUAAUUGUUUAA